AAAUACAAACUGCCGUAUAAAAAUUAAUCAAGGCCGUCUUUUAGAAUGAGAGAAAUAAAACUAAAAAAAAGGUUUGUAAUGAUAAAUUAAAUAAGCAUUAAGGAGGACUCAACCUUAGAUGACAAACCCUGCAUAUGGCAGUUAGAAUUUCAGAAAGAUGGAGGGAUUAACAGAAUUCGUGUCAAAAUCUUUUGUUAAAGACAGCGUGACAAAUUUAUCGGAGUCGUUGGGGUCUUUACCUUGUAAGGUAGAGGAAGAAUAUGAGUCUUCACCGGAACCCACCGACCUAAGGAUCCGAAAAAGGAGUGAGAGCCCAGAGAUUAGGUCCUCGAAAAACGACGACCCACAACAACCCAGCUCACCCCCCAAAACGGAAACCAUCGACUGCUCAGAGGACUCGGACAACGAAUCUGCUGUGAUUGAACGACACGCAACUUCCGGUUCCGGUGAAGAGAGGGACCACCCAAAGCUAAAACAGAGGAGAAGUCGUACGAACUUUACCCUGGAACAACUGAACGAGCUGGAGAGACUCUUUGAUGAGACUCAUUAUCCAGAUGCUUUCAUGAGAGAGGAACUCAGCCAAAGACUGGGAUUAUCGGAGGCCAGAGUGCAAGUUUGGUUUCAGAACAGAAGAGCGAAAUGCAGAAAACAAGAAAGUCAAAUGCAAAAAGCGGGAUUACUUAUCCAAGCCCAAGGUACCCCACUGGAUGCCUGUAGAAUGACCCCAUACGUCACAAUGCCUCCUAUUCGCGAGCCCGUGGAGCGCUUGCCGCCAAUAUCGCCAUUUUUACCGUAUUACUCACUUCACAAUCCUGGGCAUGCGCACCAGCCUAUCCACCCUCUGCUCCUCUAUCAUCACCACUACGCCGCCGCCCUAAAUUACGCUUCCUUGCACGACACCAGCUUGAAGUCAAACAAAAACUCUAGCAUAGCGGAUCUGAGGCUGAAAGCUAGACAACAUCUAGCGUCCCUUGGUAUUUAAAAAAGAAAUCUUUUUAUUCCUGUCAGACACGCUGUAAAUUAAAAAUAGCAUUUGUUCUUUAAAACAUGUUUCAAAGUAUUGUUUUUUUUAAUGCUUAGUAUACAAAUAUGGCUUUAUCAAGUUCUCAAGCUUGUUCUAUAGUGUUUGUUCUUGUUUUUAAACUGCUAUUUUUUGGCAAAUUACAAUCUUGAUAGAUGUAUAUAGAAGCGAAAAAGCUAGUUUUCUACUCUUACUAUCAAAAAUCAUCAUUUACAUGGAGGAUGUUUUUGUAGAUUAAUCUGUAUAAAGAAUGUUGAUGUGGAUUACUAAGUUCACUUAAAAGGGUUCGAUGGUCGUGACCAGUUUUAGACUGUUUUGAUCUUCUUUAAAAGAAGAGCUCGAUAUUAAAAUAUAGAAAAAGACCCGAAUUUAAAAGGUAAAAUAUAUGGGUUUUUUCUUUACUAAAUAAUAGUUUAUUGCUCAACUAAAUCAUAUCUUAAAAUAUUAGGUAGAUCUGAUGGCCAUUUUUUUUUACCAUCCAGCCUCCUCAACAAAGGGGCAAUUAUAAUUGCUUAUCUUUUAUUUCUUGCUGACAAUUUUUGCCGACCAAGUCUUGGUAUUGUUUAAUGAAAAUGAAUCAGCAUUCUCUACUGUACUCUUUACGAUUUUUAUUAACAAAUGACAUCGUUUCCAUUUAUUAAUAAACCGACAAUAAAGACUGUUAGACAGAGCGUCCGGAUUUAUAUUCUUUCUUCUUCUUUUUUUUUUUUUUACACAAAAAGAAACUUUAAUGAAUGCAUUUUUCAAUGAAAGAAAUCUGUGAUCAUACUGAAAAAAAAAUCAUUUCGUUAUUGACUUAAUCUAGGUUUUUCGUUAUUUUAUAAUUAUAAACUCGCAUGUACUAUACCAAAAGCAUAACAACAUCAUCUUAAUAAAAUAUAAAAUAAUCCUGCUGGGUUUUUUUCUUUAAAUAUUUAUGACAUUUAAAAAACCGACCUGCAUAUGAUGAAUGAAUAAAAGUAAAAUACAAAAUACAAAAUACCAUUUUUUCUUCAAAUGUACUUGAAUUUCUUGCUUUGUGUUGUACAAUUGCAGUGGCAUAUAAAUUUUAAAGGUUGAUGUCUUUUGAGGUAAUAGUAAUAAAUACAUAUUACGUUUUGACAAUAUUGAUGUUUGACUCGUGUUGAAGGGAUGAUGGCGUUUAGUAGAUGACGUCGGUCUCCUCGUGUGAUCGUAUCAUUAUCUUAUAAAAUAUUAACGAUCAAAUUGCCUAAACAUGUGUGUAAGUCCGGCUCUGUCGAAACACUGCUUCAAUAUGAGAGAAAUGUCUGCUUUUAUUACAUGUAAAUAUCGCCCUGUGGCUUUAAGUAGAAUAUAAUGAAAGAUAAUGGUUCAGCGACUAAUAUGCCUAAUAAAUUCAUAAAGAGGCCCGGUAACUGGACCCUGUAGUAACGAAGUAUUGUUUUAUAAUGAUGGCCAGCAUUUCCUUUAUUACACGUUGCAAUGUCUGUGUAACUUUGAUAUGCCAAUUAUGACAUGGUGUAUUUUAAUAUACCCCAGCCAUUAUCCUCGCAUAUCAAACUCUUCCACCAAUUCGUCAACAUAAAUAACUAUUGAUUGACUUGCAAAUCCGAGCGAGUGAGCAUCUCGUUUUUUGGUGUUUUUUUUUGUUGGACAAGGUUUAACAUUAAUGAUUUAUGAAGCAAACUCCGCAUUCAUUUGUACACGUAUCGCAUAACAGGUUUAAUUUUAUAUGGUGACAAGACGCCAAAUGCACGCCUCUUCAUCCAUUCGCUCAACAUUUAAAUCAUAUUAACUGAGAGUAAUAAUAUCAUUUUCACUUCUGUAAAUGGAGUGACACUGUUGUGAUUAAUAUCAGAAACACAGCGAAUGUUAUUCGAGAUGAGCAAUGAAAAAUUUGGGAAGAAAAACUAAGUUGAUUAUUAUAUAACUAAUUUGUCGUGUAUUCCAGUAUGAUGCGAUUAGCACCCAAUGUUUUCAUGUUUGUGUGAAUAUACAUUUUGGAUAAUGUUUGUGGUUGAUAA